CAAUCACAGCAGAACACGUACAGCUGCAGUGACAGUAUGUUAAAUUAUCCACUGUGAGUUGUGGAUUAGAUAAGAGUGAGAGUGAAGGAGUGCUGUGCUCCUUCCCUCCUGCCGCCUCACUAUAAGACUGCAGCUCUGCAGGAGACUCGGUCCACACAGACAGGAUGAUGCACUCACAGAGACACACGGUGUUGUGUAUUCAGAUCUUGUGGCUGGUCUGCUGGCCUCUCUUCUCUGAAGCAGCCAAAUUCCGCUGUGGCACCGAUCUCCUCAGCGAUCUUCUCUUUGUGUGCGGGGAUCGUGGAAUCUACUUCGGUAGAGGUACGUGGUCCGGUUACGGUGCUCGGCCCAGAGGGAAGGGCAUCGUCGACCAGUGCUGCCGCCCGGGCGGCUGUGAGCUUCACCAUCUGGAGAAGUACUGUGCCAAACCCAAGAGCCUGCUGGCGACCACUGCUCCACCGACCACAACCACAACCGCAGCUCCAUCAACCACAACCACAGCUCCACCAACUACAACCACAGCUCCAUCAACUACAACCACAGCUCCACCAAUUACAACCACAGCUCCAUCAACUACAACCACAGCUCCAUCAACUACAACCACAGCUCCACUGACCACAACCACAGCUCCACUGACCACAGUUUCACCAAUUACAACCACAGCGGCACAAACCACGACACAGCCAGAUAUGGUGCAGCAGUUUGAAGCAGUGUUUCACAAGAGACUUCUCGAGCACCUGGGUGCUCCCGACAGUCCGAAGAGGGAGGCCUACAGAAAGAAAACGCAGCCCUCGCCGCGGCGGAGAGGCAAGGUUUCAUCGCCUAACAGGAGGAGACAGGAGAGCGCGUCUGGCAGGUCUUUGUCGGCCUCGGGGAGAGCGACCAGAUGACUGAGCUGAGGAUCCAGUGAGAAUGACAGACACAAAGAGUCGCCCGGUGACAUCCACAACAAAGACAAGUGCAACAACUGUGUUACUUUAUCUAUUUAUCUGUCUGCCCGGUGACCUUAUGUGACACGUUAAACUGACAACAUUGUAAAUAUUCCUCCAUCUACAGCAAUAGAAUGUGCUUAUUUAUUUUUAUGAACUUCCUUGAGUAGAAAAUGCCAGUGGGGAAGGAUUUCCCGGUCGUUCUGGUUUCAAUUCUUCAGCCUUUUUUCUUUUUGCACAGCGUUGCUUCUACAGGGAGAGUGACAUAAUCUGAACACAUCAUUCAAAUUUAUGUCAUUAAAAAAGAAAAAGGGCUACUAGUUACUUUUACAGCUCAAUAUUCAAGUAUCAAGGUGGUACUUGGUAUAAAAGGUUUGAGAACCACUUGUCUAGAACCUUCACUGCCACUGGAACCAGAGGCCUCCAUUAACCUGAACGUUUUAAAGGAUUUCUGGACCCAAUUCUUCCUCGUGCUUAAUUACUAAUGAGUCAAAAAUCACGUCAACGAACAGAUUUAAAUUUGAGCCACCUUUUAGCUCUGUUUUGGUUGCCACCAGUUCUGGAGAAAAGGAGCAGACACUUUAGCUGCUAAACGCUCAUUUCCGUACGUUCACCUGCUGCUUUUUUCUUUUUACGACUCUUGUCUCUCCAAAAUGAAGCUCCCACACAACUACAAUGCAUUCUUAUUUAACACUUCAUAAAGAGCUAACUUACUCCCACAAUUGUUUUUAAUGUAUCAUCAAAACUGACGUACUUGUCAAGUAUUUGAGGUGUAAUUUGGAACGGUGGUGGUUUGAGACUAAUUGUUGUGGUUGUUUAUGUCUUUGUAUGAGAACACUGGAGUUCACUAAACAGCAGACGACCGCAGCUGAGAAAAAAACAUGAGUUUUAUUUUCUACCUAAACCAAACCACAUUCAUAACCAGGACAUGGUUAUGAUCACGUUGAUGUGCAUGUCUGUAAAUAAGAAUAAUAAUGAUAAUAUUACAGUAUGAUGUCAUUUUGGUUUGUUUGUUCCUUAAAAAUGUGAUCGAGAACGAGAACGCAGUUUAUUUUGUAUCAGUUGAUCUGAUCCAGUGUCACUUUAGUCUUUUUUUUUUACACAUACACAGACUAAAAUACAUGUAUUUAAAGUAUGUGACUGUAUCUGUUCAUGUACAGUGAUACUUUCUAUAGCACUUUGACUGAGUGACUGUUUAUGUAGCUUUUAUUGUUGUUGUGUAGUGAAUACAGUUAUUAGCAGGACGUAAUAUACUGAUGUUUUUUGUACUUAUUUCUACUUUUCUUAGCUGGACUUUAUGUUGGUUAUUGUUUUUAAAUUGUGUCUAUGAUGAACAUGUUUUGUAAAAAAAAGAA